AAAGGUAGGCGGGGGUGACCUCUUCAUAUGCAACCACUUAACCAACAUGUACGCCAAGUGCAACAAUGUCGAAUGCGCGCGUAGAAUCUUCGCUGAAAUGCCCGAAAGAAACCUCGUUUCAUGGUCAGCUUUGAUCGCCGGCUACGAUCAAUCCGGCAGGCACGCAAUGGCCGUCGACCUCUUCGCACAAAUGAAACUCCAGCCUAACGAGUACGCAUAUGCUAGCGUCAUCAGCUCCUGUGGUAGCCUUUCGGCCCUCACCCAGGGCAAACAGGUCCACGCCAGCACGCUGAAAACUGGCCACUGCGGCGUUUCUUUCGUCUCCAAUUCCCUCAUAUCGAUGUACAUGAGAUGUGGUUGCUUCGACAAUGCCUUCUCUAUCUUCAACAAUUUGCCAGAGCCCUGCUCGAUCUCUUACAACACGAUGAUUACGGGUUUCGCAGAGAAUCUGCAACCGGGCAAGGGGUUGGAGCUUUUCAAACUUAUGAAGCGAGAAGGCUUGCAUGCUGAUAAAUUCUCUUAUGUCGCUGUGCUUGGAAUUUGCUCGAAAACAGAGGAUCUCUCGACUGGUGAGGGACUGCAUUGCCACACCAUCAAGCUUGGGCUUGACAUCACAGCUUUUGUUGGUAACGUGAUAUUGACCAUGUACUCAAAGUGCGGCUUGAUCAUGGAGAUCGACAAGGCUUUUGAGUCUAUCAAAGAGAAAGAUGUGAUAACAUGUAAUGCAUACAUUGCUGCCUGUUCUCACUGUGAAGAGCAUGCCAAGGGUUUGAGACUUUAUAAAGAGAUGGAAGGCUUAUUUGGUGUGGAUCCUGAUGAAUUCACACUGACCAGUGCCCUCGCUGCCUGUGCUGAGCUUUCUUAUAUCUAUUAUGGUGCUCAGGUUCAUGCCCGUCUUAUUAGAGCUAAGGAUUCCUUCGACGUAGGAGUUGGUAAUGCCAUCAUCAACAUGUACGCCAAGUGUGGCUCGAUUCGGCGUGCGAUUUUGGUAUUUCAUUCUUUACAGGAUAGGAACCUGGUUUCAUGGAACACGAUGAUAGUUGCACUUGCAAAUCAUGGCCUUGGGAGGAAAGCCAUUGACAUCUUUGAGAAGAUGAAGGAUAACGGAGUGACACCGGAUUCUGUCACCUUCAUUGGGCUUCUUAAAGCUUGUAGUCAUGCUGGGUUAGUGGACGAAGGGCUGGCUUGUUUCAACUCCAUGAAAGAAACUUAUGGGAUUCUGCCCAAGAUUGAGCAUCUAUCUUGUUUGAUUGAUCUCUUGGGCCGAGCAGGGAGAUUAGAGGAGGCUGAAGAGUAUGUAAAUACAUCUGAUUUUGUGAAUGAUUUGGUUAUAUGGGGUAGCUUGCUUUCUUCUUGCAGGAUUCAUAGGGAUGUUUUGGUUGGUGAAAGGGCUGCAAGGAAACUUAUGGAGCUUCAGCCAAGCUCGAGCUCACCUUAUGUUCUAUUAUCAAAUCUGUAUGCUUCGGAUGGGAAAUGGGAGGCUGUCGCAGAGGCAAGGAAGUUGCUGAAAGGAAGUGGGGUAAAGAAGGAGCCUGGUCAUAGCUUAAUUGCAGUGAAGGACAUUGCUGAGAAGUUUACGGUGGGGGAUUUCUCUCACACAAGAAUUGUGGAGAUCAUAGAGGCAUUGCAAGGUUUGAACCUUAUAGCAGAGAAAUUUUAUUUACUUCCAGAUCUUUGUAGAACCAUAUAACUGAAUUUAUUGUAUAUUUUAAUUAAAUUUUCCUUCAUUGGACGAACCAUCUUACUCCUGAGAUGAUUUGGCAAUCGAUGAGAUUCCAGCUGGCCUUUGAAACCUUCAAAGGAUCGAUAUGUCAUUAUCAUGUCGUUUGCA